AAGUGCCGGAGGCAUCCUGAGAUGAGUUUUAUACAGUCUGUUCCUUCAGGGUUGAGGAGUGUCCGAGUUGAGAGGAGAAGCAUCCCAGAUCCGUAGUGGGACGAGGAACAAAACCAGAAGAAAACGAGAAGGAAACACAGCUGAUCAUGAUUAAGGGAAAACCAUUGGAGAUACAUUCCGGAGUGGAUGGCUUGACCAGGCAGAGGAUGUUGCAAGCUAAAGCUCUGUCUCAGGAGGCCAGAGGAGGUCUGAACCUGGGGAAGAAGAUCAGUGUACCAAAAGACGUGAUGAUGGAAGAGCUGAACCUUUCCUCCAAUCGAGGCUCUCGCAUGUUUCAGGAGAGACAGAGGAGAGCCGAGAAGUUUACAUUAGAGAACGUUGCCAAUGGACCUUAUAAUCCCAAUGCUCAUCUUGAACUCAGUCCCCCCCUGCAGUCAGUCUCCGUGCCGCAGGGAGGAAAAGAGAACCAGGCUUUCUCCAUCCCCGGUAAGCACAGCCUGGUCAUGAACCUUCAGAAGACUGUAGCAAAGAAGGGCAAUCCCAAUGUCCUGGCUCCAGGCUACUCUGGGCCCCUAAAGGAAAUUCCACAUGAGAAGUUCAACACGACGGUAAUCCCCAAAUCCUACUGCUCCCCAUGGAGGGAAGCUUUGGGAGGCAGCGAAGAGCUUCUGAAUACGCUCAACACCCAGCUGCCACAACCCCCACAAAGACUACAGCCUGCUAACUACAGGUGCUUCAACAGAACUCCGAUGCCAUUUGGCGGCACAAUGGCCAGCAAGAGAGUCAUCCCAGUUAUUGGCUUUGAGGCCGUGGAGCCCCAGAAGCUUCCCGGCGUCGCCCUAGACCGUAUGUGUAGACGGCCAAACUUCAACAGAGCGCCAAGAGGAUGGGGAAUAGACUACAGCCCUGAAUCUAAUGAGCUAUGAGAGAGACUUUAUGAGAUAAAACCUGAAGCACAAACCCUCUCUCUUUGAAACGGUCCCUCUGUUGAUUGCAACAAUCGAAAGGAGAAGUUGGAAAAAAAAAAUAAGACUCCAGCAUAAUAGUGGUUUGCUACUAAUGAGUGUUGUGAGCAUACAGAGGCAGGCGAUUAUGGGCUGAGUCACAGGCUCACAAUGCCUUGCAGAAGUAUUCACCUCCAUUAGCGAUAGGUUGAAAACUAAAUCCCAAGUUUUUGUACGUCCAACAAACUCUGAUCAACCCACCUUCUGAAAAUGUAAGAGGUGAUCUAUCAAGACACGGCCGUCUGCCUAACCCAACAGGCUAUAAGAGAGAAGUACGAUUCAGGGAAGCAGCAAGGAGUCUCAUAGUAACUCUGGAAGUGCUGCAGAGGUGAUGGGUCAGGUGAAAGAAACUAUCCACAGUUUAGGUCAUGAGCUGCACAUCUGGCCUUUAAGGAAGACCAGCAGGAAGGGGAGCUAAAGUAGCCAAGUAAGAAUAAAUAAGAAACUUGUGGAAGACCAUGCUCUGGUCAGAUCAGGCAUGGGAUAUUUUUUCACCUACAGUCAAAAAGCUAUUUUUGGUGGAAACCUAACCACCAAUCCCAUGCUGAGACAAAGCUAUUUUUAUCUGGGAUAUAGAAACCGGAUAGAUCCUAAAUAUUUAGCUUUAAUGGUUUAGAUUAAUGCGUAUUCAUGUGUUUAUAACAGUCCAGUCAACGCUCGGGCCUGAAUCUAGUUGACACUCUGUGGUAAAAUUUGAAUAUUGCCAUCUGCAGAUAGUUUCCAGCUACUGUGACUGUGCUACAAGGAGUAGGCAAAGUAUCAAUAUCAAGAUGUGCAAAGCUAGUUUCUGUCAUUGCAGUACAAGGUGGUCGAUCAGAAACACAUGCUCCAUUUUUUAGAUUUUAUUUGUAAAAAGAGUUUAAAACCAUUUAUCAACUUCCUUCCAUCUCACACAUAUGAAGUGUUGUGACGGUGUAUAAAAAUUGCAUUACAAUAAAGUUCAUGGUUGUAACAAAAUGUAAACAUGUUCAACAGAAAUGAAUACUUUUGCAAGGUACUGUAAGAAGUGAUCCCAACAUAUUUUAACUCAUCAAAACCCAUCUGUCCUCUCGUUUUUACUUUGUGAAUUUAAUUCUGUGAAUACAGUCAUAAACAACAUGUAGUAAUAAAUGUACGAGAAGAUAA